UCAACUUGUGGUGAAGACUGGUGCUUGUGCUAGUCUCAAACUCUCAAAUUCAGUUAAGUAAGGGUAAUGACUUUAUUUUUUGAGUGUACAACCAGGUUUGUAUCCAAAGUCUGAGACCACUAGGGAAAAUGCUUCUUUGUGCGUAUAUCUAAUUAUUUUUUAUUUAUUUAUUUUUAGCAUUAGAAAUUAUUGGCAUAACAAUUUGGGUGAAAAGCUGAAUUGCAAAAAAAAAUGCAUUUUAUUGAAUUUCAUCAUUAAUUUCAGAAUUUGAAAAGUAUAGUUGAUAUGUAAAGUGAUAACAGUUGGGUAUUCAACUUUUAGCACUUUUAAAGGUGCACUCAGUAACUUCUGUCUUUGUGUCAUCUUGGACUUACACUGACACCUAGUGGUUUGGAUGCAGCAUCAUUUCAAAUCAAUAGUUUUCAGUUUCAGAUGUCAUUGUAGAAAUGUAGUAUUCACAGUCAGCAUGAUUACUUUAAUCAAUGAGUGAAAGUGUCAAAUAACAGGACAGUUACUGAGAUUAAGUGAGUAGUAUUCAGCUGGUCAUGUGAUUCUAACAUGGCAGCCCCCAUGUGUGGACCCUCUCCAUGUAGAAUAAAACAGCUUUUAUAAGGUUACUGAUAUGACUGGAGUCUUCAGUGUAAUGUGAGUGAUCAUGAUUUUAUACAUAUAUUGCAAAAUUACAAUUCAUGUCUUUAGGAGUUCAACUUUUUUAAUGAGGAAAAAAUUACUGAGUACACCUUUACGUCUUGUUUUUUUUUUUUUUAUUUUUUUUUUUUGUCUACUAACAGUGUAUACGUCACAGGAGAUUUUUGUCAUUUUUUCUGUAAGUCAUAAAAAAUUCACAGCACAGUGUCAGUUCCGUUCAGCACCGGUUCUCCCUAUGGCCAGUCCGCCCCUGAUGGUGUAUAAUGGAGGGAUUGUUCUUGCUUGUUUUAAUUAUUGAUUAUUGAUUAUGAUGUAAUGAAUUUACAUCACAGCGUUUCUUUGUUUUACAUCAAACACAGUAAAGGCCUUCUGUAUAUUUCCAGGUUUAAAUUGCACUUUGAAUCCCAAACUAGUUUAACCCCAUAUACAUUUAACUGAUAAUACUCUCAGAUUUUGCAUAAGACUGGCACAAUGACCGAUAUUAUGAUGAAAUGUAUAGGCUAUCUCAAGUGACACUGCGGUAAGCAGUAAUGACUGCGGCUGUGGCCAAUUCCUUAAAUAGACAGCAGAAUUGUUCAGAUUCACGAACGUAACGAGUUACCAAGAGAAUGACGCACAAUAUGAGACCACCCACCCAUCACAAUAUAAAAGGCACAGCGUGUACUGCACAGAGCUCACUGUAAAGAGAGGACGGGGUGCUGCGCAUCCCCUACCGACGUCCUGCCAAGCACCAAUCGGCGCCGUUCUGGAUGAUACCAGCAAAGAGCAUGCAGGUGAACACAACUGAAAAGCCAGUUCUUUCAGUUGAUGGCACCGAGACGCUCUCCUGUUGCGACUAUCAUUCUGAAGGCGAAGCAACAGUUCAUGCGCAUUUGCAAUGCCUGCGAGCCAAAGCUGCGGUGAAUCGCGCAUCGUCCUCGACGAAUCUGCAGGUUCCAGACACACAUUCCCACACCUUCAAGCUCCCCACCAUAAAAACGGUAACAUCACACUGGAGACAUCCAGAGAAAAAGGUACAGGUGGUGAGGUCGUCCAGCACUGGAAACCGACACCCCUCGUCUGAACGUAAACCGCGGCGAUCUCUGGAGCCCUUCCCCGCGUCACAGCUCCAUCAAACAAAGCUUAUGAGAUAUGAGAGUAAAAACGACGAUCUGGUCACCGUUAAGCCCAAUCAUUACCGGCGCAUAGUUGUGCUUGGCGCACCCAGAGUGGGUAAAACGGCAGUCAUCCGGCGUUUCUUGGGUCAUGGAUUCGAGGAACAUUACGAGCCAACGACAGAAGACUUUCACAGCAAACUGUACCACAUCCGAGGAGAGAGAUAUCAGCUAGAUAUCCUGGACGCGUCCAAAGAAAGAGACUUUCCUGCCAAACGAAGACUCUCUAUUCUGACAGGCGAUAUAUUCCUCCUCGUGUUCAGCGUGACCGACAAAGAGUCUUUCGACGAGGUGUGCUUGUUACGCGAGGAGAUUUACGAUGCCAAAUCCAAGCUGGCGAAAUCCAAAGAAAACAGACAGCUUCCUAUUAUCAUAUGCGGCAAUAAGUCUGAUUUAAAUGCCUCAAGAGCUGUGCACCAGUCCGAUGUCCGCCAGUGUCUCGGGGAGGACAGUGUCCUGUUUGAGGUGUCCGCUAAAGACUGCACCAAACUGGAGGAGAUUUUCGGGGCUCUGGCGGUGCUGGGAGGACUCCCCGCAGAAACCAGACCCUCUCUCCACCGAGACAUCUCCAUCCACACGUAUCAAGCGCUGAGCAACAGAAAGAGAAACAAAAGAGCCAUUCGGGCGCUGGCGAUAGAUGAGCCGUGUGGGGCCGUGCAACCGCUUGCCCGCAGACCGAGUUUCGAUAGUGAUCUGCGGCGCGUGAUGGGGGAAACCACACCGAAACGAAGUACGCCUAUUGAGAGGUGCCAAAUACAGUAAAGAGUAACACUAGUGACUCUGUCUCGAACCAAUGAAUAAUAUUUAUUCAACUAUGUAAGAAUUAUAAUAUUCUAUAAGCUCUAGGCUGGACCAGAGGACAAAUGUAUUUGUGAAAUGUCUUUAAAAAUAUUCAAAUGUAAGCAUGUUUGCUUUAUAGUGAAUGCAUUAACUCAAAUUUGUUUCCACAUUUUUCUUAUAAUACAGACAGGGGCGUAGAUUCCGGGGGGAACACACACUGUAACCCCCCUAAUGUUCAAGCCAAAUCUACGCCCUUGAAUACGCACUGACGCACCAUGUUUUUCCUGAUAUUGAGUGGGACACUUUUGUUUUCCACAUUUUAACACUGACAACAAUAA